CAGAAUAAUAUAACACGGUCCGAAAAGAAAUACCGAAUAUCAUUUCCUAUUUUGUGAUUUAUAUUGUGGAAAAUAUAUGUUUUCCACGAAGAAUGCAUUCUAUAUAAAGUUUACAAGAUAAACAACCUAUUUUGGAAGCGAAAACCUGCUUUCGUUUUGCACAAGAAAAGACAGAAGCUAUACAAAAGAGAAUAAGUAAUAUACAAAUAUGGCGACCCCAAAGAAGGAAUAUUAUCGCAAGCCCCUCCCUUCUUCUUGCAUCGAUUUUGCCUCGACGGAGGGCAAAAAUAUUUUCAAAGAAGCGUUGAAUGAAGGCACUAUGGACUGUUUUUUUAAUCUGAGUUCACAAUUUCGGACACAAGACGAACCGGCUUAUUGUGGCUUGUCAACAUUAGUUAUGGUUUUGAAUGCAUUAUCAGUUGAUCCGGGCAAGGUGUGGAAAGGUCCUUGGCGAUGGUACCAUGAAAGUAUGCUAGAUUGUUGUGUGCCACUUGAAGUCGUCAAAAAGGAAGGCAUAACGCUAUUCCAUUUUUCAUGCCUUGCUAUGUGUAAUGGAUUGGACGUCGACAUGGUCCAGGCAUUGCCGACGACAACAGUGGUCGAGUUCCGAGAUGUGGUAAAGCGUGUCACCCAGUGUGAAAGCCAAGUGCUGGUGUGUUCGUACUCGCGGAAAAUGCUUGGCCAGACAGGAGAUGGUCAUUUUUCACCAAUAGGUGGUUACCAUAGCGGGCGGGACUUGGUAUUGAUCUUUGACGUGGCUAGAUUUAAGUAUCCGCCUCAUUGGGUAACUGUUGAUGUGCUUUGGAGGGCCAUGCAGGCAUUGGAAGUGGUAACUGGUAUAUAUAAUAAUUUAUUUGGUUUACCACAAAAAAAUACAAAUACUAGAAAAUCAUACAUAUCACAAAAAAAAUAAUUGUGGUGAGGAAGCCCAAAUAGAAACCAUCAGGCUUGUGUACUUUGGGCUACCUCAUUGAUUUCAGCUAGAUUAAAUGAAACAUGUGCAUGAUACUAGGGCAAAGACAGAUAUUCGAGUAAAAAUGAAAUGAGCCAAAUUACUAAAUAUUGAAACUAUAUGUAACGAGAAAAAAGAAACGAUCUUAACUUAGAUUGAAAACUAAAAAUAGAUGAUGAAUUACGUAUAUCGGGAUUCAACGUAUUGAAAAAUGUUGGUCCUUGAUAAUUGACAGAAAAUAGGCGAGUAUUUGUCCUGCAAUAAGGGACGUCGCUAAGUGUUCUUGAUUUAUGGGUAUUAUAAUUGUGAAUUUGAUUUACAGUUAAAAGUGGACAUUCAAAACAAUUAGGAAGCAAUUUAUGUUUGUAUUGAUAAAUAAACUUUCCGAGGUUAAAUAAACUUUCCGUGGUUAAAACUGGUCAGUGAAGAGUGUAAUUGAUAAGAGUGUGAUUGAUAAAUAAAAGAAGAGUGUGAUUGAUAAACAAACUUUCCGAGGUUAAAACUGGUCAGUGAAGAGUGUAAUUUUUAUAACAUGAAGUAGGGUAGCAUCCUACUAACAUCCUGAUUCAUCUCAUCAAAAGUUUUAGUGCAGUAAAAAUGAGUUAAAAUUGUGAUGUGGAAAUAGGUUUUCCUGUUGGAAACCCAACAAAGUAGGAAAAAACUAACAUACCACAUGCAAUUUUGAGCUGUUCUAAAGCCAUGAAACUUCUGCAUGUGUUUGUCAUGGACACCCCAAGCCCCACCCUGUCCUCCUUAUUUGCAGGAGGGGGGGGGGGGGUGACAGCUGUCCAGACCCAUAGUACACUCUACAAAAAUGGACCCAGCAAAUAGUCCUCAAAACCCCUGCUUCCAAAAACCUAAUGUUAGUAAAAAAGUAUUCUUUUUUAUGAAAAGUGCCGAUCAUCUCAUCUGAACUUUUCUUCCCUUUCCCUGGUCAAGAAAAUCUACUGAACUUUUGACACAAAAGUGAUAUCAUAUAACAUAUAUGCUGCAUGGUUUGGCAUGCGUUUUGUGACAGAAUAAAGCAUAGUGUUGUGAUAGAUGUUUGAUAUAUUUCUAUUAUUUUAUACACCUGAAUAUUUAGUAGUUGUCAACAUCUACCAGUUCUCAUUUUAUUCUAUCAUUUCUAUGUAAACUUGGUGACAGUUUAACAUUAAGCAUAAGAAAUCAAUGUAUGCACUUAUCGAAACUACAAAUGUACUCACUGACCAGAAACUGAAUAAGUUUUGGCCUUAGUUAUUAAUUUCUUUGUUUUGCUAACAAAUGAAUAAUUCUAAUUUCAAGGUCAACCCCGUGGUUACUUGACUUUGAGGCGAACCCUUCACACAGGCAACCCAACCAUUUUGUUCAAAGUUUCCAACAACUUGAACCUGAGCUUGCCCUCGGAGAUGAACCCUGAUUGCUCAAAGGUCUUGCAGCAAUGGCAAACAUGGCUUAUGGCACAGUGUCACAAUCACACUGAAAAGAAGGAGUUUCUUGUGAUACUUAUUUCAAAAUUUUUGAGCUUGUGGUGUACAGAAUGUUUUCCAGGUAGUUUUUCAAAACACUAACCAUUGUCACUGUUGUCACCAUAACCACCACUGUCAGAUACAUUAGUACCACCAUUAUUACCAUCACUAUCAUCACACCACCAUCAUUACCACCAUCAUCACCAUCAUUACCACCAUGACCAUUACCAUCACUAUCAUUACCACAAUUACCAUCACCACCACCAUCAUCACCACCAUGACCAUCAUCAUCAUUACCACCAUUACCAUCAUUACCACCAUUACCAUCAUUACCACCACCAUCAUUACCACCAUAUUCACCACCAUGACCAUCACCACCACCAUUAUCACCACCAUGACCAUCAUCACCACCACCAUCAUCACCACCAUGACCAUCAUCAUCAUUACCACCAUUACCAUCAUUACCACCAUUACCAUCAUUACCACCACCAUCAUUACCACCAUAUUCACCACCAUGACCAUCACCACCACCAUUAUCACCACCAUGACCAUCUACCACCACCAUUAUCACCACCAUAAGCAUCACCACACUCACAGCAUCAUUCUAACUAUUACAACUUUCCAUUUUUCAAACAGGUCUUGACAAAAUCUUCACCAUCAAAUUGGACAACGAUUGCUGUCUUUCUCAUGAGCACAAAUGUGCAAUUUGCAAUCUCCUUCGUUCCUUAGAACAGCUACCUCUUUUCCAAAUGAUCAGCGAAUCCCUUAGCUCUGGUGAACACUCAAUCAUCGAAAGUUGGGAUGGGAUGGUUAACCUCAAAACUGUGAAUGAGCAAAUCUACUGUAAUCAGAACACCUCUCAGAUAAAAUUUAGUCAUUUUGCUACAAUGAUCCUCCUUGCCUGGCCCUAUCCAUCCAAGCAACCUAAGAAUUCCAUUGUGUCUCAUGCAGAUUUUUGUGUUGAAUAUAUAACCCAGGAGAUGAAAGGAGUCACAGAUGUCCUUGAACACGAAGUGAAAUUAUUGAAAGGUCAAUUGUCAACAGUCUUCACAUAUUAUGAGAGCGUUAACAAUGCUCAAGUUCUGCCAAACCAAACUAAAAGUUGUUGUAAAACUACUGGAUGUAAAAAGCAAUAAACAUGUGGUAAAAUUGUCUGCUGUUAGACAGAGCAAUGAGGCAGGGUGCAUGAUCAUAUAUUGUUGUAUUCACAGGAGGCAUUACUGCAGAGCUGCGAAGUCUCAUGGCAAAUACGUUACAUGUUCAGUCAUGCUGAUCAUCUAUCAUUUGACUUUUAAUUUUUAUAUUCUUGGAAAAAAUAUAUAAUGUUCAUGCUCUGUAAAAUUGGGUUGAAUUUUAGUUCAUAGACAUAGUUUAUUAAUUAAAUUAUUGAAUUAUGUAAUGAUGUAUAUGUUUUUUUUUGUAAAUGCACAGGCAAGUUUUAAUUCAUGAAAUACAAAAG